AUGGCGCCCCUCGCGCACGUGCUGCUGCCGGCCGCACUAAUGGCGGCAUCCUGCACGGCCACAAACCCGGCGAACUCGAUCCUAUCGGCUGUUGUAAACGUCAAGAAGUCGGAGGCCGUGUUCUAUGCGUCCAGUGCUGCGGAGGAGGACUGGGGCGCGUCUCUUGAGGCUCAGAAGCUCAAGGACGGGGGAAAGCACGCUUUCUACCCGCUUGUGUACAAUGCACCGGGACUUGGCGAUGGUUAUGGCUGCGUGUCCAAAGAGAAGCUGCUGGAUAAUACAAGUAGCGGCAACAUGUCGGCCUCCAGCGUAUCAGGCCCUGCAAGCGCGACGUUGCUCGGACUGCCCGAUCAUCCCUUCGUUUUGCUCGUGGACCGCGGUGGCUGUACUUUUGCAGAGAAGGCUUAUUACGCACAGGAGCUUGGGGCAGCCGUUCUUAUCGUCACAGACACUCUCGAGCAGCUCUACAACCGCUCCAACAAAGUGGGCGUCUCCCAAGAGGAGAAGCAGAUGGAAUUGAGCUGCUCCCGCGGCUCUGGCAAGGCGGACUGGAAUGCUGAUAUUACUGACUUCACGUCGACCUCAUGGGAAGGCGACGUGGGAGUGCGCUCCUGCAGGGGUAACAACAAAUGCUCAUCGCACAUGUGCGUGCCUUCGGGUGGCCUGAACAAGCAGGUCUGCUGUGCUUGGGACAUACCCGACCUCAUGGGCUUUGGCACUACGGACGUUGUAACGGACAAGAGCUUGGUAAGCGAUAUUAUUGUUGUACGAAUUUCUAUCGCCGAUGGUGACUCGCUGAAGGAAAUGCUGACGACCGGGAGCGAGGACGAGGAUGGCCAGUUGCUGAUAUCGGUCUACGAACGUGAUCCUCCUGUGAUGGACCCUGCGCAGGUGAUCCUCUGGAUCGUUGCCUGUGCAACUGUGUUGAUGGGAUCGUACAAGGGCUCUGCCUACGAGCGUACAAAAGCGCAGCUAAAGGCAGCGCUCAUCGCUGCUGAUGCCACUUCUUCAGACGCCAUCGCCCAAGCCCGAGUGGCGUAUGAAGAGCACGACGAGCAGAUUCCAGAGCAGGAACAGCUCGAUCUCAAUUCCUGGCACGCCCUGGCAUUCUUGGUGCUUGGGUCAGGCUUCCUCGUGUUACUCUUUUUUGUCAAUGUGGUAAUUGUGGUGGUGGCUCUUUUCGGCGUCGGCGCCGUGUCUGCUACUUUCCAGGUUAUCUGGGAGCCACUCAUGAGACGACUUCCUGUGAAUUUCUUGCAUAAGUUACCAUGGCGCGACGUCUUAUGGCAAUGGGAGGACCUGCUGGUGCCCGCAGCGUGGAGUGUGGGGGAUUUGCUAGCUCUGGUGUUGUCAUUCGGAAUCGCCCUCUUUUGGUUUUUGACGCGAUUCCAGUCAUACUCGUGGGUCUUCCAAGACCUCUUCGGUGUUUGCUUCUGCCUCGUAUUUCUGCGGACUGCCCGGCUACCCAAUCUCAAGGUGGCAACGGUGCUGCUGGUGCUAGUAUUUAUGUACGAUGUCUUCAUGGUUUUCAUAUCACCAUAUAUUUUCAAGGAAAGCGUCAUGAUCAAGGUGGCCACCGGUGGCGCACAGAGCACUGCCACGGGUGGAGUUUCCAGUGGUUACUGUUUGCGCUACCCGACUGAUACAAAGCACGACUGUCGCUCCGAAUCGAUGCCAAUCUUGCUUCGAGUCCCUAAGGUGCUGGAUUGGCGAUCUGGCUUUUCACUUUUGGGUCUAGGUGAUAUCGUGCUGCCUGGUUUGCUGUUAGUCUUUUGUGCACGCUACGACUAUGCUACGCGUGGUCAGUUAUUUGGACGCCUAAAGCCUCCCCACGGCAAGAUGUUUGGUCGACACCCCCAGCACCUAUGCCGUCGAGGGCUCUUUUGCUUGCUCAUGUGGGGUUACACUAUCGGGCUUCUUUUGGCAAAUGUCGCCGUUGUGACCACGGGUAGCGGACAGCCAGCGCUGAUGUACCUAGUCCCUUGUACGCUCGGCUUGCUGGCAAGCGUGGGGUGGCGACGUGGAAUUCUUAGCAAACUCUGGGAGGGCCCACCGGAGCUCAUUCCCGGCUACGCUCGUCGCGAGAGCUCCUCAAGUGGAGGAGGGCUAGACAUUAAUGACGUUACUCGACUGCGAGGACUGAGUUUGGAACCAAGCAAGGCUCCUACCAGCGAGCUGGUUCUUCUUCAGCAGCAACAAAGUGACACUCCCGUAUCCGCUUCCUAUGCGAGCGAAAAUACUCCUAUGCGCCGGGACAGUCCGUCAAGUCCAGCAUUGAGGCAGGUAUAG